UCGAUAUGUGGUCACUUGGUGUGUCUGUGGCUGAGCUGGCUAUGGGAACGACCCCAUAUCCUGGACAUCAUCCCUAUGAUAUGGUGAAGUUCAUUGUGGACACUCAGGGUCUGCCCCCAGACCGCCUCCUCAGGUUGGGACCACAUACCAACCACUGCUUUGAGAGACAGCGCAUCAACGGUCAGGACACCUGGACACUGAAGACUCCUGCACUGAUCCAGAUGGAGACGGGACACAAUUCUGCAACAGCAGAAAGGUGGUGUUGACCUGUCUGGAGGACAUCAUGGAGAGGCGCAAGCAGAGACCAG